UCAGGUGCCAAGCACAGAGAGAGAGAGAGAGAGAGAGAGACAGAGAGGUAAACAGCUCCCCGAGGAAGCAGCGUGGACGGCCUGGGGAAGACAGUCAGUACCAGGGCACAGCCGCUUCCUUCACCACACAAUGACCUCCUCCGAUGAUGAUUACAGCUUCGUGUUUAAAGUGGUCCUAAUCGGGGAGUCUGGGGUCGGAAAGAGCAACCUCCUUUCCCGCUUCACCCGCAAUGAAUUUAAUCAUGACAGCCGCACCACCAUCGGGGUAGAGUUCUCCACACGGAGCGUGCUGGUCAAUGGCGUGACGGUGAAGACACAGAUUUGGGACACGGCUGGUCUGGAACGUUAUAGAGCAAUCACUUCGGCGUAUUACCGUGGCGCAGUUGGAGCCCUCCUAGUCUACGACAUCUCCAAGCAUUUGACCUACGAGAAGGUGGAGUGCUGGCUGAAGGAGCUCCUGGAUCAUGCCGACAACAACCUGGUGGUCAUGUUGGUGGGCAACAAGUCCGACCUCGCUGACAUCCGAGCUGUUCCCGUUGAGGAGGCCAAGUCAUUCGCAGAGAAACACGACAUGCUUUUCAUGGAGACAUCCGCUCUUGACUCGACCAAUGUGGAGCCAGCGUUCCAGGAGGUGAUCUCAGAGAUCUUUCACCGACGCUCCCAGAACCGCAGCAACAAGCAGGUGAUCAACAGCGUCGCCCUCAGUGCCACUAGUGUCACCAACGAGGGAGCCUUGGUGGAUGGCACAGCCAAGAAACCAUGCUGUCAAAACAUCUGACCCGUGCGCGGGUUGGGGCACGGGACGGGGAGAGAGCACGCCGCCCCCUGUCUGGAUCCCCCGUCAAACCCACACCUCCCCUGAAAAUCCCACCCUUACUCGCCCCGACACCCACUUUCAGAUACCAUUCCUCCCCCAACCCUCUCC